AUGAUAUUAAUGUCUAAAUAUUAUGAUUACGCAGCAUUACUUGCAAAUUAUAGACAACAAAACUGUAACUUUUAAUCAAAAUUGUUUAAAAUACCAAAACAAUACACCGGUCUAUUUAUAUUUUAAUCAGGAUGUUUAAAUGAACUGAUACGAAUAAACAAAAGAAAGAUUUGACUCCAUCAAGUAAACAUUAAUUUUGUGACCUUCAUUCUUCCAAUCAGGAUUCCAUGAUUAUUUCUUAUUCUUGGACAAUAAGAUGCCGGUCAAUAUGAUGAUAAUCUUUAAAAAAAAAGUUAGAAAUUAAGUGUAAUGACAAAAUGGUAAGCAGAAAGUUUCCAUAUGAUAGAAGAGUGAAGUAUGAAGUCAGUGAUGAAAAAGAAGAUAAUGCAGAGGGACAAGAGGACGAAGUUGAUGGAACACAUUAUAGACAACCUAAACCAGAAGUUAUUGACAGUCCCCUUAUAGUUGGUGAAAUAGAUGAAAAGGAUUCGACGUUAGACACAGAUACCAAUAAAGACACACUGAAAAGCUGCUGUUGGAAUAAUUGUGCUGUUAGCUACUCCAGUUCUGAGAAAUAUCCCUUUCCGUUUCGUGGCAUAGACUUGCUUGCCGCAGUUUUGUCAACAGUCUUCUUCCUAUUUGAUGUGAUUUCAGACGUGAUUCUUGCUGAAGAAUAUUAUCGGUUUCAAAGAUGGAUUCCGUUUGUAUUUACUAUAUCAUUGAUCCUCUUUCCUCAUCUUGUAUUGAAUGCCAUCAAUACAUCCUGGUAUUAUAAUGACUAUAUCGAAGAAAAGAAAAACGAAAAGCCAACAAAGAAACUGGUAUGGUUUUUAAGAAUAGUGUUAUCCUUACCAUUUAUGCUUGGACCUGUUGUCAGAAAUGUGGAAUAUAUUCAUUAUGGAUUUAAAAGCAAAUCAGGAUCAUUAUCUGAAAGUAAAAGACGUUAUUUCUAUAAAAUGGUAUUAUGUGAAAAUGCAGAUGCUGCCAUGUUGAGGAUGAUUGAAGCGUUCCUAGAAUCUGCUCCACAGCUAGUUUUACAGAUAUAUAUAAUAAUGACAGAAACAAAUAAUGAUGGACCAAUGAUGCAAAUUGUCCGACCUGCAGCAAUGUUUGGAUCUUGGAUUGGAGUAUCCUGGUCGUUGGUGUCCUAUCAAAAGGCACUCAGAUUAUCAUAUAAUAAAAAGGCAAAGAGAUUAUCCUUCUUAGGAGUGAUUUUCUACUAUAUCUGGAGAGCUUGUGAAGUUGCACCAAGAAUACUUGUAUUAUCACUAUUUGCAGCUCAGUUUGGCUACCACAUGCUUGUAGCAACAGGUAUUCAUUGGAUUUUAAUGUCACUUUGGGUUGGGUGUCAGAAGCAGGAAAUGUAUGAAAAAAUGAGAGAUAAAGUUGUACAUUAUAUUGUAAUCGGAUAUGUAUUGAUAUUUUGUUUCCAAAAUGUACAAAAAGGUAAAACACGAUACAGAGCCAUGUUUUAUUAUUUUAUAACAUUUGCUGAAAACAUCAUCAUACUGUGGGCAUACUUUACACACCAUAAAAAAAAUUGGGUUUACCUCGCCGUAAUCGGUUCAAUACCUUCAUUUAUGGUCAUUCAGAUUAUUGUCCAGUUAUUGUAUUAUAAAUGUAUCCAUCCUGAACAUACAAAAAUUUGGCUUUGAUAAAACAUCGAAAGAUCUUAAUGACAAAUACCAUUUCCUAUAAAACAUUGUGUACCAUUCUGCUUUGACCAUGAAUUAUUUGUUGUUGUUUCUUUUUGUUUAUAUGUCUAUUUUUUGUUUAGAAGAGUGAAGUGCUGCAUGAUAAUGUGGUUUGUAUUGUGUAGUAUUUAUGGCCAUGCAUGUUAUCAUUUUUUACGUAAUUAUUUGCAAAGUUGUUUUUUUAAGUAAACACACUAUACCAGCAUUGCAUUUUAAUUCAUUAUAUUGAUAUCUGAAAUAAAUUCUUGAAA